GGACUGCUGUUGUCCAUACUCUUCCCAUUAUUGUUUUUCUUUCAUCCAAAUUUGGAUAAGAACCCUACACUGAAUCCUGAUCACACACCAACACCAGAGGCAUCCUUUUUAGUUUUUAGCAUUGACUUCCGUCUACACCCAACACUCUUAACGUUUCCUCCAUGGCCGACGACAAGAAGCUCCACAUUGUAAUGCUCCCAUGGUUCGCCUUUGGGCAUAUGAUCCCUUUUCUUGAGCUCUCCAAACUCAUUGCUCAAAAGGGUCACCGUGUCUCCUUUGUUUCCACUCCCAAAAACAUCGACCGUCUCCCCGCACAACUCCCUCCCCAUUUAUCUCCUUUUCUAAGCUUCAUCAAAAUUCCUAUGCCUCAACUCCACAAUUUUCCCCCAGAUGCAGAGGCCACCAUUGAUCUCCCUUAUGACAAAAUUCCAUUUCUUAAAGAGGCAUUCGACGCCCUCAAACAACCCCUCUCUGACUUUCUUCGAACUUCAGAUGCAGAUUGUAUUUUAUACGAUUUCUUUCCUUAUUGGAUCGGUCAAGAGAUCGGACCAAAUCUCGGGAUUAAAACGGCUUUUUUCAGUAUCUUUAUUCCCGAAACUCUGGCAUUUAUCGGUCCUAUGUCGCCAAGAGAUCAUCGUAAGAAAGUAGAGGAUUUUACUGUUCCUCCCGACUGGAUCCCCUUUCCCUCCACCGUAGCUUUACGUCACUACGAAAUGAAGAAAAUUUUUGACGAGGCUGUAGCAGGUAAAUCCACUGGGAUUUCUGACUUAGACCGCAUCAAGUUGGGUGCUCACAACAGCGAUUUUAUUGUUUUGAAAGCUUGCCCUGAGUUCGGACAGGAGUGGAUUCAACUUGUUGGAGAUUUACACGGUAAGACUGUAUUUCCAAUUGGUCAACUUCCGACGUCGGAGUACGACUGUGGGGACGACAAUCAAGCGUGGCAGUCGAUUAAAGAAUGGCUCGACAAACAACCUGUAGCAUCUGUGGUCUACGUGGCAUUCGGAAGCGAGGCCAAACCUAGUCAGGACGAACUAACAGAGAUCGCUUUUGGGUUGGAAAAAUCGGAGUUGCCAUUCUUUUGGGUUUUGAGGACACGGGCAGGAUUGUCCGACUCAAAUGUAACUGAGUUACCCGAGGGGUUCGAGGAACGAACCAAAGGACGGGGCAUCGUGUGGAAUACAUGGGCGCCACAAUUGAAAAUAUUGGGUCAUGAGUCUGUGGGUGGGUUUUUGACACACGCUGGUUGGAGCUCUUCCGUGGAAGCGAUUCAGAGUGAGAAAGCUAUGAUAUUUUUGCCCUUUCUGGUGGAUCAAGGAAUCAUUGCAAGAAUUUUGGAAGAAAAGAAGGUGGGUUACUGUAUCCCAAGGAAUCUAUUAGAUGGUUCGUUUACAAGAGAUUCAGUGGAGGAAUCGUUAAAACUGGUAAUGGUGGAGGAUGAAGGUAAGAUUUAUAGAGAGAAAAUAAAAGAGUUGAAGGCUAUAUUUGUGAACAAAGAAAGGGACGAGAGGUUAAUAGAUCAAUUUCUAAGCUACUUGAAGUCUCAUAGAAAAGUUGACAAGGCACUUUAAAAAUGUUGAUGGGGAUGCGUUGCUAUGGGAAUGCAAGCACAGUCUUGAUUCUUUGGUUUCAUAUUCUCUGCAUUGAAUAUGUUAGUAGGCACGUGCAUCUAAGUAUGUUUCCUCAUAGAUAAUAUACAAUACUUUUAAGUUUAGGUAGGCUGCAUCCACCCUCUGGUCGUUUGAAAUUUAUGUUCUAACACAAGAUGAUGCACCCAAGUUACUUAGUUUGGUUGGAUUUGUAAUUUUAGUAUAGAGCAGCAUUGAAUGAAGUGUAAGGUUGUAAGGUUGGAGAGUUACAACCUCUUUACCUAUUGUAUUAGGCUUUGAAUGAGGUGUAAGGUUGGAGAGUAACAAUAACCUAUUUACAUACUGAAAUAGAAUUUCAUUAAUCAUGUUUGGAUUCAACGUA